UGGGGUCCGCAGGCGGUGGUUGGGGUUCUCGCUAGCUCCCCAGUUCUCCGGGACCCCGGGCGUACCGUCCUGGAGGCAUGGGGCGACAGUGGGGGCCCGCCAUGAAGGUAGCCGAGCAGGCGGGCUGCGUGGUGAGUGCCUCCCGGGCCGGGCAGCCCGAGGCGGGCUCGUGGAGCUGCAGCGGGGUGAUCCUGAGCCGCAGCCCGGGUCUUGUGCUGUGCCACGGGGGCAUCUUCACCCCCUUUCUGCGGGCCGGCAGUGGGACGCUGACCGCGGCCGGCGUCGCCUUCCUGCCGGGCGACAGUUGCAACGACGACCUGCGCCUGCACGUGCAGUGGAGCCCAACGGCCCCGAGUCCCGUAGGCCGCGCGGAGCGGGGCCGCCCCGGACUGUGCACGCCCCACGCGGCUUCCCUGGCCGCCCUCCUGCCGCCUGAGGUGGGCUCCCCGUGGGGCCUGCCCCUCCGAGACCCUGGGCCCCCGUGGGCAGCCGCGGCCGUGCUGGUGGAGUGUGGCACGGUUUGGGGCUCCGGAGUGGUCGUGGCGCCUCGCCUCGUGGUGACCUGCCGGCAUGUGGCCCCCCGAGAGACGGCUAGAGUCCUGGUGCGCCCCACUACUCCCAAGAGUGCCAAGAUCUGGGGACAUGUAGUGUUUGCCACUCAGGAGACAUCUCCAUAUGACAUAGCUGUGGUGAGCCUGGAGGAAGAACUAGAAGGUGUCCACAUGCCUGUGCCCACUAAACAUUUCCAUGAAGGCGAGGCUGUCAGCGUGGUGGGCUUCGGCGUUUUUGGCCAGGUUUGCGGGCCCUCGGUGACCUCAGGCAUCCUGUCAGCUGUGGUGCAGGUGGAUGACACACCAGUGAUGCUGCAGACCACAUGUGCUGUGCAUGGCGGCUCUAGUGGGGGACCCCUCUUCUCUACCUGCUCAGGGGACCUCCUGGGGAUUGUCGCCAGCAACACCCGGGACAAUAACACAGGGGCCACCUACCCGCACCUGAACUUCAGCAUUCCGAUCACCGUGCUCCAGCCGGCCCUGCAGCGGUACAGCCAGGUGGGCGACCUUGGCGGCCUCCGAGAGCUGGACCAUGCUGCUGAGCCAGUGAGGGUGGUAUGGCGGCUGCAGCGGCCCCUGGCCAAGGCCCCUCGGAGCAAGCUCUGAGUCUGUGUCACCCUC